GACAGAAUGAGGAGGGAGACAUAUGAGGCAAGGUUGCCUGAGGAUUUGUACAAUCUCAAGCUGGCUGGGCAGCCACAGUCAGUCAGGAAAGGGAGUGAGAGGGCGUGUGACAGAGCCAGGCAACUGUCUCCUCCAACGCCUCCCAGAGAGGGAGGUCUGAGAAUAGUUACAGUGGCAGCUCCAAGUAUUGUGCCUGCUACAAGCUGCCCAGCAGCAUGUUUGGGACACUCAACUUCUCUCUCUUUUGCCUCACCCUCCACCUCCUGGGGACUUCAGCCUUUAAUCUAGACAUUACUGAAACCAUCCUCAAGUAUGGAGACAAUGGCAGCUUCUUUGGCUUCUCAGUGGCAUUGCACCAGCAGCUCAGACCUCAGCCUGUCAGCUGGUUGUUGGUGGGAGCACCACAGGCUGCUGCCCUGCCAGAUCAAAAGGCCAACAGGACGGGUGGCUUGUAUGCCUGUCCCUUGACUCAUGAGACUAAUGACUGCAAACGCCUGGCUAUUGAUGAGGGAGUUGACCUGAAGAAGGAGAGUAAGGAGAACCAAUGGCUGGGAGUCACCGUCAAGAGUCAGGGCCCCGGCGGCAAGAUUGUGACCUGUGCCCAUUUGUAUGAAGUACGGAACCGGGUCAAUGAACCUUUGGAGACAAGGGAUGUAAUUGGCCGCUGCUAUGUGCUCAGUGAGGGUCUGCAAGUUGCUGAUGAAUCUGAUGGUGGCGAGUGGAAGUUUUGUGAAGGGCGACCACAGGGGCAUGAUCGUUUUGGCUUCUGCCAACAGGGGUUGGCAACUGGCUUUACAGCAGACAGGCAUUAUAUUCUGUUUGGAGCACCUGGCACCUACAACUGGAAGGGGACUAUGCGGGCAGAGCUGAGUGGCUUGGAUUUGAGUCACUACGACGACGGGCCGUAUGAAGCCGGGGGAGAAAAGGACCAGGACCCCUCACUCAUCCCCUUGCCUGCCAACAGCUACCUUGGAUUUUCUCUGGACUCUGGAGUGGGGCUUAUCAGGAAGGAUGAGCUGAGUUUUGUAACUGGGGCACCCCGAGCCAAUCAUACCGGAGCAGUGGUGAUCCUGAAACGAGACAAUGUCAACCGCCUGGUUCCUGAAGUUAUCCUGGAGGGGGAGAAGCUCACCUCUUCCUUUGGCUAUUCUGUGGCUGUGGUGGAUCUAAAUAACGAUGGAUGGAAGGACCUGGUGGUGGGGGCACCAAAUCUCUUUGACCGCAAGGAAGGGAUUGGAGGUGCAGUCUAUGUGUACAUCAACCAGGCAGAGCGCUUGAAAAAUGUCAUCCCUGUACGUCUCAAUGGCUCCUAUGACUCCAUGUUUGGUAUCACAGUGGGUGCUCUUGGUGACCUCAACCAAGAUGGCUUCCAAGACUUUGCAGUUGGAGCCCCAUUGGAUGGUGAUGGCAAGGUCUAUAUAUAUCAUGGCAGUAAUCUGGGAUUUGUCACCAAACCUGCUCAGAUCCUGACUGGAGAGAGUGUUGGCAUUAAGAUGUUUGGCUACUCCUUUUCUGGAGGUUUGGAUAUUGAUGGAAAUAUGUACCCAGAUCUUCUUGUAGGAUCACUUGCUGACACAGUUGUGCUGUACAGAUCCCGACCUGUCAUCCAUAUCUCCAGAAAUAUCACCGUCUACCCCCAGAAUGUUGAUCUGGAAAACAUGAACUGCCGCUAUUUUGAGGGCAUCUGUGUGGAUGUGAGAGCCUGCUUCAGCUACACAGCCAACCCUCCAAGCUACAGCCCACCCAUCACACUUGAAUACACGUUUGAUGCUGAUGCUGACCACCGGGAAUUACGCCAGACUCCCAGAUUCACCUUCCACAACCGGAAGACCACUGAUCCCGAGCAUCAGUACUCAGGAACAGUGCAGCUGCCUCAACAACAUGUUCGUUCUUGUGUCAAGGCCACAAUGCAGAUGAAGGAUCAUGUCCGUGACAAGCUGCACCCCAUAGUUGUGCUGGUGAGCUACAACAUCAAGCAUGCACGCAACAGACGCCAGACCUCGGGAGCCACUUUGGGGCCACUGUUGCCUGUGCUAAAUGCCCUGCCACCAAAUACUCAGAGGACAGAGGUGAAUUUCCUGAAGCAGGGAUGUGGAGAGGACAAGAUUUGUCAAAGCAACCUGCAGCUGAGCUAUAAGUUCAGUUCUCGCAUUGAUGAUGCUCUAUUCCAUCCCCUGCCCAGGGGUGAUGAUGGUUUAGACAUUUUUUCCAUGAGUGACCAAAAAGUAGUAGCCCUUGAGAUCUUCAUCACCAAUUUUCCUUCAGAUACUGCUCACCCACAGCAGGAUGGAGAUGAUGCUCAUGAAGCCAUGCUGUUUGUCUUUCUGCCACCUGUCUUGCCUUAUUCUGCUAUGCGUCCCUACAAUGCCACGGAGAAGGCCCCAGCCUGUAUGUCUAACCAAAAUGCCUCCUAUGUUGAAUGUGAGCUUGGGAACCCCAUGAAACGUGGAGCACAGUUUCGGUUCUACCUUGUUCUCAGCACCUUUGGCAUUACCUUGGAGACCACAGAGCUGGAAGUGGAGCUAAAACUUAGCACGACCUCGGAGCAGCCUGGGUUGGCCCCACUGAUAGCACGUGCCCGUGUGGUCAUGGAGCUUCCACUCUCUGUUGCUGGAAUGGCAGAACCACAGCAGCUCUUCUACAGUGGAGAGGUGCGGGGUGAGAGUGCCAUGAAAAAAGAGAGUGAGGUGGGCAGUCCCGUGCUCUACAAGGUGACGGUCACAAACAGGGGCCAGUCACUGAACACUCUUGGCUCAGCCUUCCUCAAUGUCAUGUGGCCCCAUGAAAUUGCAAAUGGAAAGUGGCUUCUCUAUCCCUUGAAGUUAGAGUUGGAGCUAUCAACCCAACCUCAGCAGCGCAAAACCUGCUAUCCAGAACCGAACCCACUGCAUCUUACUCUAGAGCCUCCUUAUCAAGCUAGGAAGAAGCGGGAAGCUCAGCAGACAGAGAUAGCCAGCAGGCCAUUGACGUACUGGGAGAGACGAAAAAAUGCUACCUUGGAUUGUGCUCAAGGCACUGCUCGUUGUCAGCUCUUCCACUGCCCCCUUUCCAGCUUUGACCGCUCAGCUGUCCUCAAUAUUUGGGGUCGUCUCUGGAACAGCACCUUUCUGGAGGAAUACUCUGAUGUGACAUCUGUGGAAGUAAUUGUACGAGCCAGCAUCACAGUCAACUCCACCAUCCGUAACCUGAUUCUGAGAGAUGCCACAGCACAGAUCCCAGUGACUGUUUACCUGGAUCCCAUUGUGGCUCUGGCAAGAGGGAUUCCCUGGUGGAUCAUACUCAUUGCAAUAUUAGCUGGGAUUCUCGUCUUAGGCCUGCUAGUUUCCAUUCUGUGGAAGCUUGGCUUCUUCAAACGUGUUCGCUAUGAAGAAGCCAAGGUGCCACAGUACCAUGCAGUCAAGAUUCCCCGUCAGGAUCGCCAGCUUUUCCGUGAGGAGAAGACAGGCACCAUCACCAAGAAGGACUGGGUCACUAACUGGAAUGGAGACAAUGAUGGUUAUGUUCCUGUCUCGGCCUAGAGAUACCCCACUUUGGCCUGUGACUUAUGAUUUAUAGAGAACUGCUACCUGAAGGACCUUUCUGGUGGCACCAGUCUGGAUAACAGUAGCAGUGUACUUGCCUGCUCUCCUCUCUGAAAGAUCAGCAGACCCUGGACUGUCCCUUUAGGGAGGGGGAUGCUUACUAGAAAUUCAAGAGGACCUGUGCUUAACAGAGGGGGUGGUGACCAAAGGCUCUACGGGUCUUUCCUGGUAUUCUACCUUUUCUUAUAAAGAUGGGCAGCACAUGAUGCAGGAAACUGAGCCACCACCAGAAGAAACCCUCCACUUUUCCAGUUUCCCAAAAAGAAAGAGGAGGAAAAGUCAACAUGUACACUGCUGUUGAGAGUUGAACUUAUAUAUUGUCUCCUUUAUUGUGAAUGGACUGCACAUUUGCUACAAGAGACAUGUUUCUUUGGGAAUGAGGAGAAGCUAAAUUCCUUGAGUGUGUUAUAAGCAUUCAAAGCAAAACCAAAACUCUGGUGAAGAAAAUGAUAAACUGCCUUCUCCUGAGCAAAUUCAUUUUCUUCAUGCUAGCUUUUUAUAAUUUAUACUGUAUUGCCUAACUAAUAUCAAAGACACUUGUUGCCUGAAAAGGAGUGGUAGGGUGGAUCCAAGAUGGCAUGCUUUAUUCACAGAGGUCCUUAGUAUUGAUGUUAAUAGAGUGGCACCAAAAGGGCCUCUAGGUUGCUCUAUAAUGGCUUGACUUGUUUUCUAAAACAAAGCCAGAUUCUGAUUGUUACAGAAUUAAUUUUCUGCCCAGCCAUAAAACAUGCACUGACAAACAUAGUAUGUGUGCAUUAUUCAAUCUAGUACAGCCACAUGGUAGUUUAAGAGACACAGGACCUACUUCUCCCAGCAACAGGAGAAAACAGGGAAUUUCUUAAUCUGCCACUCUCCUUGGACACCAAAUGGUGGCAGCUAUGCAGGGCAAUCCUUCAUGUGUGUCAUCAUAAGUAUAGCUUGGAAAAGUAAUCCCAAAAACAAGUCCUGUAUAAAUAAAUACUAUUGAGGUCAGUGGGAGUUACAGCCAAAUAACUGUGUACCGCUGGAGGUUCAGUUGUGUCCUUUCUUUUACUGGCAUGCGCAAAUACCACAGUGCAGUACCUCUGUUUCCUAGACAGAUAUAAGCAAGAACCUGUCUUUGGCCACAAUUCCUUUUCUAGAAAUACAAGUGACAUAUCAUGCAAAUGCAGAAUGGGAAUGAACAUGAUAAAUAAAACACUUCACAGUCUUUGCUGAAAAUAUCAUAGGCAUUUUGAACAACAAAAACAACAGGAUCAAAACAGAGUCAAGUCUACUACACUAUGAAAUGAUACACACUGCCUGACACAGAUUUUCAAUACAGAAGCAAAUCAAUUUCUUUAUACUGUAUUGCAAAUAAUAAAGUUAGUGAAUGUAGGAGAGGUGGUGAACAUAACAGAGGCUUACCCUUUCUGUGAUAUUUAUUUAACUUUAGGAAAGUUACUAUACCUGUAAGUUAUAAGUAGAGGUGCUCUUUGCUUCUAAGAUGAACUGCUAGUGUCUCCUACUCUAGUCCAAAAAUACUGAGGCUAGUUUGAAUUUUACUGGUAGUACUGUCCAUGUUGUUUCCUUCAAAUUUCCUACUACAAAAGAUUAAGAAUUGGGAGGGUGGCUAUGAA